CUUUCCGCAAGAAAACCCAAACAAUGAACGUAAGUAAUUUGCUAUUUAAUUAAGGAAAUGAAACGUUCAUUUUUGUUUUAUUGACAGAAAAAACAAACAAACAAUGAUUGCACCACCUAUAUUAUGGGUUGAUUUUGUAACAUUAUUAUUCGGGCUUUUUACAAAAUCCAGCCAAUAAUAUAGUACAAUUUGUAAGAUUAGUUUGGUAAUCGUUUGAACUUCACGGUCACGAUGAAUGCACAAAUGAAUGACCGAGCAUGCACUCAAGAAGACAAACUGCAACCACGAUUGUUUCAUAAAUUUUUUAGCUAUAUGUGACCACUUUACAUCGAGCAAAAGGAUAUGUUAAAAAGUUCACAAUUGCAAUUGGACACGUUAUUGGUAGAACUUGAUCCCUGCUAGUUACAACUGGGGUAACUAUAUGUAAAACGAAACUCAUGUAUGUUGUUUUUCUUGUGCAUAUUAUACGAUUUUUUGGUUAAAGAAUCGAUACAGCUAAAACGUAGGAACGGUAACUGAAUAAGAAAUAGUUAAUGGCUUACGUGAAAUCUCAAAACUGUCAGAUGGAUUUCGAUUGCUAGGAACCCCAAAAAUGAAAGAAGUCAUUUUGGAGAUAUUUUAAAACUCUUAGCUUUUAUUUCUUUAAACGUUUUAACCAUUUAUUAAUUAAUAUUGCUUUAUUCAAGUAAAGAAUUUGUUGUUGGUGUAGUUCUUUUUUUCAGUUUUUUUUUUCAUGUGCUUAAAAUUUAUAAGCGCUCAAUAAAAAUUGUUGGUAAAAAAUUAUAUUUAAAAGUAACAUUUUAUAACAUUAGGUUUCGUUAUCCAUCUGACUGAGCCUUAUGCAUAGCUUCAUCGGUGACAGUUGGCGGCAUUCAUCUUCAACCGUAGGAUGCAUUCGGGGAGUCUGUGGUGCUUUCUGGCCAUCUCAUACUCAGCAGGUGGGUAAGGAGAUUGAAUGACUGAUUGGCGUCCUUAAAAAAAAAAUGUAUUAGCUGAAGCAAACAGGAAGAGUCGGUUGCAUAAUCUAUAAUAAUAAUUUCAUAUGACGCUUCAAAUAUCAACCAAUGCUAAGUGUCAUCUCUUCUCUAGGCCUUGUUUGGUGUGCAUUUGGUGCGUAGUUCGGAGGACAAAUUGAAUGAAAUCGCAUCAAGUUGCGUAAUGGGUGCGAAAAACGUCCACUCUUUGAUUUAAAAAAAAACAUAAAAGGUGGUAGUGGUGGCAUUAAUAAAUCCACCGAGUAUCUUGUCUUCUAAAUUAUUCAGAUCAUUGUUAUCUUCUUUAAUUUUUUUUGUUUACCUUUUUAACUUCCAAUGCAGCGCCAGGCCAAUAACAAAUUAAGUCUAAGACUUUGGGUUCAUCCUGUUACCUUUACAGUCUUUACUAGAUCCUUUCGGACUUCUCGGCGUCAAGUUUACCCUUUUAUAUUUUAGCUUUUCGAUAUAUUUUGUUUAGGUUCAAAGAAAAACUCCUUUGACAGACAAGAAAAUCCCACUUUAAUUUCUCAUUCACUUAUCAGCUUGAUAAUAAAAGACAAUGAAUCGAGCCAAAGUCACUUUCAUUGAUGCAUUCCAUUGUUUCUACUUCAGGAACCAGAGUGUACCAAGAAACGCGGGGGCUCUUCUAGGACACAUCCUUUACUAGAACAUCUAACAAAACUUUGCAGCACACACAAUACUCACGAUGACCUGCCAUUUUACAUGCAAAAUUCACAGUUACCAGUUAAUUUACACAUAAUUUUGAGAGACCAAAAUUUGUAUAAGUAGUAAGGAAAUAACAUCUGAUAUGGGAAACUGGUUAUAAAGUCCUGGAGAAGCUAUUAAAGCAUAACAAUGGUGAACGCUGCCAAAAAUGUCGUCAAAUUAUUUAUGUUGUACAACCAUGGCAUAACAGAUCUUAACAGUGUUUGCAAUACAAAAAUUCCUGGGCUUCUUCUGACUUAAGUUAUUAAUUUAAUUUCAAUGAAUUUAGUGUAAAGUGAUAUUCAAAUACACAAUUGUGUCAAAUAUAUUCUUAUAUAAUGGCUAACCAUUUUAGUUUAGUGCACGUUGAAGUAAAUAGUUUUCAAGGGUUAACUCGCUCUUUAUUUCCACAGUGACCACAAUUCUAUGCCAGGAUAUGGUGGUAAACUGCCAUGAGAGAAUCGAAGAGUGCAAGACAGUGGCAUUUGAUGAGGAGGAUCCAGUGUAUAGUUAUUUGUUUUGUUUUUUUAAAUGUUAUAAAUUAGUAGAUGGUGGUUAAACAAGAUUAGAUGGUGGUUAAACAAGAGUAUAUAGUGGUUAAACAAGGGUAAAUGGUGGUCAAUCAAGAGUAAAGGGUGGUGAAACAAGGGUAUAUGGUGGUUAAACAAGGGUAGAUGGUGGUUAAACAAGGGUAUAUCAUUGUUAAACAAUGGUAGAUGGUGGUUAAACAAGGGUAGACGCUGGUUAAACAAGGGUAGUUGGUGGUUAAACAAGGGUAGAUGGUGAAUAAACAAUGGUAGAUGGGUUUAAACAAGCGUAGA